AUGCUUACAAUAAAGCCAUCAGUUACUAGCAAUCACGAUGAGUCUGGAAUUAUUCUUUCAAAUAAACUCCUGACUGACCUAGAAGUGCUCAAUUUAACCCGAGAGCUGCAACGCGCUGACACCAAAGCAAAAGUAAUUGAUCUUUCUUUUAAUAAUCUCAAAGAUCGUUCAGGAGUCUAUAUUGGAAAUUUACUAGCUCAAGGCUAUGAUUUAAAAACUCUCAAACUAACUGGUUGCUGUAUAGAAAAAGAUGGGGUGCAGCGAAUUUUGGAGACUUUGAACAAUAGCUCUAAGCUUAGAUCUCUUGAUAUUGGCCAAGUAAGCGAUAUCGGACUCAGCAUUCUUGCUAAGUACGUCCCAAGAUCUAACUCAUAUAUGUGAAUAAACAAAUUCUUUUUGCCCACUAAGAAGUAAUUAAUUUUUUAAAUGUAAACUAUACAAAACAAUUUUUUUUUAAAAAAAACACACAAUUACUUAAAAUUCAUCAGAAUCAGCAAAAAGAUUUUUAUUAAAUUUUUACAAAGGCUUUGUUUUUCCAAAAAUAAGGGGCUUUCAAUGAUUUUAAACACACGUAAGAUGGAAGGAGUGAGAAGCUAAAAUACCUGGCUUUUCAAGAGUUUUCUGAAGGCUGCUGAACUGAAAAUGCAAAAAGAAACGCAAUUGACGCUUUAUACCAAAGCCAAAGUCUUUUAGAUGUAGAAAUCACUUGUCUAGGCCAUCAAGAUUUUAUUGAAGAAAUCCAAGCAAUCUGCGACAGAAAUAAAAAAGCACAUGCUCAAAGGAAAGAAGAAAAGCUCUGCGCUCAACGUCAAGAUCCAAAACUUUUCGCUGAAGAAAUCCAAAAAUUCAUCGAAGGCUCAGCUCAAAAUCUGCCCGUCAGAGUUUACCUUGAAAAUUCUUUAGGAACCAUCCUCAACGAUACUCUCUAUGAACUCGCCAAGUUCAGGCAAAAAGAAAGCGACCCUUCUCAGAAUACAGCCUCAAAAAAUAUUAAAUGGAUAAUCCGGCACAUCAUUGAUAACUAUUUCCCAAAUAAAUAG